CUAUUUGUCUAUAUAUAAGGCAGACAGCUAGACACGGAGGCCACACGGCGCAGAGGAGUGCAGUGCAGGAACAGAGGGAGAGAGCGGCAGCAGUCAACGCUCCAGAGAACGGAACGCCGAGAAGGCACCGCCGGCGACGCGCGCGACAUGGACACUGGACGGCGGCGGCGGCUGUGCCCAGGGGUGGCUGUGGCCGCUCUCCUGUUCUUCCCCGUGUUCUUCGGGAGCCAGCAGGCGGCGGCGGCGGCGGCGGCGGCGUACGGCGAGGCUUCAGGCGCCGCCGGCAUGACGGCGCUGCAGAAGCACGCGGCUUUCUUCGACCGGGACAACGACGGCAUCGUCUCCCUCUCCGAGACAUACGACGGGCUACGGGCGCUCGGACUCGGAGCUGGCCUCUCCAGCUUGAGCGCGGCCUUCAUCAAUGGCGCCCUUUCCUCCAAGACCAGACCUGGUGAUGCAACGUCACCACGCUUAUCUAUCUACAUAGAAAACAUCCACAAGGGGAUUCAUGGAAGCGAUUCAGGCACUUAUGACUCUGAAGGAAGGUUCGUUCCUGAAAAGUUUGAAGAGAUAUUCACCAAGCACGCCAAGACCGUGCCUGACGCUUUGACAUCGGAUGAGAUAGACGAGAUGCUCCAAGCCAACCGAAAGCCCAAUGACUACUCCGGAUGGGUUGGAGCAACAGCAGAGUGGAAGAUGCUGUACAGACUCGGCAAGGACAAGGACGGGCUUCUGCACAAGGACGCCGUGAGAGGCGUCUACGACGGAAGCCUGUUUGCCAAGCUGGUGGCCAAGAGAUACGAGGAAAACCAGGCAUGAAUUGGUGGUGACAGCUGACGAGGGCAUCAUCUCCAUUGAUUCUCCUGAUUAAAGCAUCCCAAAUCAUGUGUCACUGUGUUAUGAGAACGAUUGAGAUGAUGUCUGAAGUCUGAACACAAAAGUUGUUGUCUUGCAAGUUACAGAUGUUAGCUGUAUGAACAAGUGUGGACAGAAUCUGCAGAUGGGGAUGGAUCAUUUUAGUGCUGUUCGUUUUGUUGGUUUCUUUGGGGUAUGGAUGAUUAUACCUGCAAAUGGCUGGCAGUGCAAUUGUGCAAGCAAUGGCAUAUUCACACAUUUGGGCGUC